AAGCAGUUUCGAUUUCUGUAUCGGACAUCUUCACAUUGGCGUUGACGGGAUAGAACUAGUUUAUUAGCCAACGUGUGUACGCCUCACCGAGUUUGCAGUCCAACGUUGGUACGAGCGUUGGGACCAACAUGUGGAGCCGGCCUCAAGCCUAAUCGUCUGUUUUUGUACCUAGCUAUCAGUGUAUCGUAUUUAUUUGACGAUAAGUAUUCGGAUCUUUCCAAUCUAAAUCAUAUGGGAAACAAAGCAAUGUGUCAACAAGUAUUUGUAUGUGUGUGUAUGCAACAAAGAAAACAUAUUGACAAUCGUAGCGCUCUCCUGAUUGGUUGGAAUACAGCUGUUUUUGACACGACCGAGGUCUUUUUUGUUGUCGCUGCUUGAUCACUAGAUGGCAGCAUGUUCUCAUUAACACCAAAUAAUACAGCUGUUUGUAGGUAUUUCUUUUAAAUUAUCAAUUCAUUUUGCUUUUAAAUACAGUCUUACACACUAACGAUUACUCAAUUUAAUCCAUUACUGGCGUUUUAGCUGAAAAAAGUAACUCAAUUGAGUGCACAAACGAAUAGUAUGGGACUUUGUUUGAUCAAAUUGCAUCACGUAACCAUAGCAACGGAGUUUAUUUGAUGACAUUAAAACACGACCAAAUUGCGGAGACGAUGUAAAUAUUACAACGUUACGUAAAAGAACGACUCCUUUAUUUUGCAAGUUAAUCUGUAGUUGUAACUGUGCGUAUGUCAUUGCUUGUUUUUCUUAUCGUUUAAGUUAUAAAUAUCACAAUAAAAUGGACUCAUUGGACUUGUUAGCGCGAGAAGAUGAGUUCAAGAAACUCAACAAACAACUCGAGAAGAAAACAGAAAGUUUAAUGAAGGAAAUUGAACAAGCUAUGCAAAAACAAGACAUAUUCUCCGAGUUCUCACCAAGUCUCACAUUAUCACCAGUACAUACAAUAAAAAAACAUAGUUGUGAAAGCCAUAAUAAGCCUAACACAGAAUCACCUUUGCCUCCACCAAAGCCAACACAAAAAAAGAAAAAGCCACAGACAACACCGGACCAUCAAAGCGGGAAAAUUGAAAAUGGAACACUUAGUCCUGAUGUUGGUAGCAUUGUGAACAGCGAAGAGGUUGUGCCAAAGAGUUUGAAUACUUGCAACUGCUGUGCCAAUUUGAAUGUUGGUAGAAUUGGAAAUGAUGAUGAAUUUUUGUACGCUUUUGUAUCUGUUAAUGUUAAAGAAAAGGUUUUGCCGCAGUCGUUUUUGAAAGAACGUCCCACAAUAGAGAGUGUAUGCAAGUUCCUGUCAUCCAAGGUGAAGCUGAUGCAGGAUCAGAUUGACAGGCUACAGGGCACCCUGGAUCAGAAGGUAGGUGAUGCAGACCAGCAUGACGUCAAACUAGCAGAGUACGAGUCAGAGCGCCUGUCGCUGCAAUGUAAGAUGAACAGCAUGGCGUCAGCCACCGCUGACAUGAAAGGGAAGCACCUGGUGCUGCUGGCUAAACUCAACGAAAAAGAAAGACUGUACAAGGAACAGCGAGCAGAGACGGACAAGCUGACGUGUGAGCUGAAGAGGCACAGGUUCAAGUGUGCCAGCGCCGAGGCCAAGAGUGCGUCCCAGCAGGAAACCAUCGACAAUCUCAGGCAGCAACUGGAGACUGCUAGGCGAUCUGAGAAGGAGUUUCGAGAAUCAUCCCGCAAGCUCUCAACAUCACACCAGAACGCCAUCUCUCGGCUAGAAGCGCACAUCAAAGUAUUAAAUACACGGAGCGACCGACAGAUGGCGUUGAUCGAUAAUUUAAGGAAACAAAACGCUCUACUGCCGACAGAGGGCGCUCUAAAGACUCUUGAGAGAGAGUACUGUGAUUAUUUAAAUCAAGACUUGUAAUAAAUAGUUUUUAAAGAUA